UGUUAAUGUUGACUUGUUAGCACUGUUUGUUUUUUGCAGUUAUAAACCUGAAGUAAAUGGGAAGAAAGAGCGACAAUGUCUUCUGAUGUGUCACAAUACACUAUUGGGGGAGUGAAGAUCAUAUUCCCUUGCAAGGCUUACCCAUCACAGCUUGCUAUGAUGAAUGCAAUUGUUAAGGGCUUAAAUAAUAGGCAGCACUGUUUGUUGGAGAGCCCUACAGGAAGUGGCAAAAGCUUGGCACUGCUUUGCUCUGCAUUAUCGUGGCAGCAGUCUCUGUAUGAGAAAUUAGCACUCAUGUCCUCAUGUGAGAAGGAAGACAGAAAGCCAGAGACCUCUCUGCCGUGUCGUUGUCGGUGUCAUUCCCAAUCUAAGGGCAACGAGGCUGCAACAAGUGUGAAUCGUGGUGCUUCCUGCUCUUCCAAUAACUGUGAAGCACAAAGCUCCAUAAAACCUGGGAGCCCACUAACAAACACAGAAUGUAAGGGAAAUGAAACGCUGGCUUCGAAAUUGUCUGCUAAAAAAAGGUUAUCUGCAUGUGACAGUGAGAAUGAUGAUUUUCAAGUAGACAAAAAAAGGAUUCGUCCUUUAGAAACUGAGCAGCAGCAGGUUAGAAAACGACAUGGUUUUUCAAAGGGAGUGCAGCUGGUUGAUGCCUUAGAAGUUUAUCAUCAGAGAAAAAAUGGAGACCUGAUAGUUCACUCUGAAAAAAGUGUGAAAACCACUACUUUUUCUCCCAAAACAUCUGCUGGUCCUUGCACUGAGUGUUCCUGUUCUUCUGGAAAAGAAAGUGAUAAAGAUACCAGUAACACUAAGAAGAAAGAAAAAGAAGAUCCAUCCUUCAUUCCCAAAAUAUUUUUUGGAACACGAACACACAAGCAAAUAUCCCAGAUUACCAGAGAGUUGAAGAGAACAGUGUUUUCCAGUGUUCCUAUGACAAUUCUUUCCAGCCGAGAUCACACCUGUAUUCAUCCAGUGGUGUCUAGUGGUGGCAGUAACAGGAAUGAAAUGUGUGUAGAAUUGCUGGAAGGAAAACAUGGCAAGUCCUGUCCUUACUAUCAUGGUGUUCAUAAGCUCAGUGAACAUCAUGCCCUACAGUCUGCACAUGGGAAGUAUCAGGCUUGGGACAUUGAAGAUCUGGUGGGCCUGGGAAAGAAGCUCCGUGCCUGUGCGUACUUUGCAGCCAGAGAGCUCAUGGUGGUCGCAGAUAUUGUGUUUUGUCCUUACAAUUAUCUCCUGGACCCACAGAUACGGGAGAGCAUGGACAUUAACCUAAAAGGCCAAGUAGUCAUUUUAGAUGAAGCUCAUAAUAUUGAGGACUGUGCUCGGGAGUCAGUGAGCUACAGUGUUACAGAAAGUCAACUAAGAGCUGCUCGAGAAGAGCUGGAUUUCAUGGUCAGUAACAACAUCAGGCAGAAGGAUCAUGAGCCUUUACAUGCUGUGUGCUGCUCUUUAACAAACUGGUUACAAGAGAGCUCUGGUCAGCUAGAAGAAAGAGGGUAUGAAAUGUCCUGUAAAAUUUGGAGUGGAAAAGAAAUGCUCAACAUUUUCCACAAAAUGGGAAUAACUGGUAUUACUUUUCCCAUUUUACAGAAACAUCUUGCUACUAUCCUGGAAAAAGAAGAAAAAGUAUCAAUGUUUGGUAAAGAGGAAGUUAUUGAGAUUCCAAUUGUGAGCCCUGCCACUCAGAUUGUACUGAAAGGCUUAUUCAUGGUUCUUUUGUGUCUUUUCAAAGAUAACAGCAGAUAUGCAGAUGACUACAGAGUUGCUCUGCAGCAAACCUAUGCUUGGAUGAAUGAAAACCAACUUGAUGCUUCAGAUACAAGUGCCUUCUUCACACGACCCAGGCAUAAAAGGAGUUUGCGGCAGAAAACCGAAGUCCACAUGCUGAAUUUUUGGUGCUUGAAUCCUGCUGUGGCUUUUUCAGACUUAAGUGAUGUUAGAACAAUUGUUCUGACCUCUGGUACCCUCUCUCCGAUGGAUUCAUUUUCUUCAGAGCUUGGUGUGAAGUUUUCUAUCCAGUUGGAGGCAAAUCAUGUUAUUCGGAACUCGCAGGUUUGGGUUGGCACCAUUGGAGCAGGCCCCAACGGUCGGAAGCUGUGUGCCACCUUCCAGCACACAGAGACCUUUGAGUUUCAAGAUGAGGUGGGAGCACUUCUGCUGUCAGUGUGUCAAACAGUUGGCCAAGGAAUUUUGUGCUUUUUGCCAUCCUAUAAGCUGUUGGACAAGUUAAAAGACCGCUGGAUGCACACUGGCUUGUGGAGAAACCUGGAGCUGGUUAAGACUGUCAUUGCAGAGCCUCAAGGAGGGGCAAAGAGUGACUUUGAUGAACUGUUGAAAAUAUACUAUGAUGCAAUAAAAUGUAAAGGAGAAAAAGAUGGAGCACUCCUUAUAGCUGUGUGCAGAGGAAAAGUUAGUGAAGGCUUGGAUUUCUGUGAUGAGAAUGCCCGGGCAGUUAUAACCAUAGGCAUUCCAUUUCCAAAUGUGAAAGACCUUCAGGUUGAAUUAAAGAGGAAGUACAAUGACCAGCACAAAAAUACAAGAGGCCUUUUACCAGGGAGUCAGUGGUAUGAAAUCCAAGCUUAUAGAGCUCUCAACCAAGCCUUGGGAAGGUGUAUAAGGCACAGGAAUGACUGGGGGGCUCUUAUUUUAGUGGAUGACCGGUUCCGGAAUAACCCUAACAAAUACAUCACUGGAUUAUCCAAAUGGAUUCGUCAACAAAUCCAGCACCAUGAAAAGUUUGGCAGUGCACUUGAAUCCCUGCAGGCAUUUGCUAGAAGAAACCAGAAAGGCAUUGAUUGUUCAUCAGAGUCCAGCAGUGAAUUUCACCAGGCACCUUCACAUUCAAAAGACCUGUCACAAGCCUCACAACAGGAGGCAACAAUUCAUCUGUCACCAGAUGUUCCUGCUAAAAGUGAGGAACAAAAUUUGGUCUCAGAAGUUAAUUUUACUACAACCACCAGCUCAGAUAAACCUACAGCAUCAAAUCAGCCAAAUAACAUCAUGACAACAAUGAAACAAAGUGGCCAGAAAGUUGAUGUAAGGAGUCGUUCUCACCAUGUACCACAAAGAAGAAAACAUAUGGACUCCACACCCAAAAUAUCAGCAACUAAAGUAGAGAGGGAGAAAGAGAAUGGUUGGACUAAUGCUGCUGUUGUGAAAGAAGGUUGCUGCUUUACACCACUGGCUUCAACCCGUUUGCCUGUAGCCAAGAACUGCACAACCACAGCUAGUAGCAAAGAAAGUAAUGUGAAUAGGCCAAGUGAACUUACUGAUAGGGUAAAUCAAUGCCAGUCAUUAAUUUUGGAACAUCAGCCCAGUGUACCAGAAUCAUGUUUGGAAACAAUGAAUUUUUCAGUUAAAAAUACUGAGGUUGCAGUUGCUGAAGAGCAUCCUGAUCAGCUACAGCUUCAAGUUGAGCCCUGCAGAGAGUGUCCUUCAGCAGCAGGGAAAUCUGAACUUUCAAAGUUAAAUGUAUCUGCAGAAGCUGAGGAUGAGGAUGAGAGUAUCUACUUCACACCAGAACUCUAUGAUGAUGGAGAACCAGAGGAAGAGAAAAUCAGAUCAUUGGUUCCAGCCUGUGAUGCAAAUGAGAAUCAGGUUGAAUAUGGAAACUCCACACUCAUGGAUGAUCAUCUUGUAAUCAACACCUCAGAAACACUCAGUGUGACUAGAAAUAAGAUUGAUGAUGGCAGAAGCACAAGUUUACAUGGAAAAAUGCAGAAUGAGGGGACUAGUACAGUUACUAAUGUAGAGAUGACUAGUGAAAUAGAAGCAGAGCAGAUAGCCUCUCAAGAGAUGGACACCAAAAAACAGAAAAUCAGCCUUUCCAGGUCAAGAAAUAAAGGUGUGUCAUCUUUUCUAGUGAACAGUCCUAGCACACAGUGACAGCUUCUGUAGCACAGGCAGUGAGCAGCCUGUACAGCACAGUCCCACUGUAGAGCAGUGGUGACUCUCUAGUCUCAUCUAGUAUGUACUACUGCCAGACUCCAUUUUUCAUUUUACUUCUUUGUUUUGCACUGUGAAAGUUGAUCAAGAUGCAGUUUUCUACAGGUAUAAUUAAGAUUCUUCAUCCAUAAAUGUGUGGCAAAAAGACAUCAAAUAGAAGCCCAGGUUGAAUUUGCCUUGUGAUGAUAGGCUGAGGAGGUUUGUCUGUUGUAGAUGUAAUUAAUCUGCCAUUGAUACAAUCAAAUAUUUUUUUUUUUCAGAAAGCAAAACACCUGCAUCAUCAGAUCAUGGUUUUCUGCAUUUGUUAGAGCUUUUCUUUUAAAAAAAUUAAAUAUGCAGAACAGAAUCUUUGCAGACCAAGUCAUAUGAUAGAUUGAAUUUAGGUACUGAAGCAGGUGUGUCCUUCAGUGCUUUGUUUCUCUCCAAUUUCUUCUGUCAAAAUGUCUUAUCAGAAGCUGUGUAGUAAUAUAGUAGUAUUUGAUUAUCAUGAGAAGUCUUUGUUUUAUAUGAAAGUUGAGGUUUCUUUAGAAUUUUCUUUCAUGAGAGGAUCUGAUUUCUUCUGGCCAGAUUCUGUAUGUAUUCGUAUCAAAAUGUGUCCUCACUAGUGCCCUAAAAACUCAUUCUCUGUGCAAUAUAUAACAAUGUAAAUUUGUACAUAAAGGUCUUUAAAUCUUACUCAGUCUAUUUUUUUUAAGUAUUUCAAACAUUUCUUUCACUUACUGCAUUCGUAACAGCCAGGAUUUUGCUGUAAUAAAAUGUACUACCCCUGACUUGUCAAGAACAGGUUGUUCAUUUCCAUCACAUGAAUGUGAAGGUGCAGGAUAUUUACCAUCUUAAGAUUGGAUCAUCUCUGCCUGAGAGCAGAGAUGAAGUUGUUAACUUGUCAUUUUCCAUAGAAGUUCAUCUG